AUGAGGACCAGCGUCGACGACUCUUGGCGGACGAGUCUGGUGGCGGCCAAGACCAAGGUCGCUCCUCUGAAGACGGUUUCGCUGCCUCGGUUGGAGCUGUGCGCCGCCGCUCUCCUGGCUAAGCUCACCUCUCAUGUCUGUUCCGCGCUCGGCCUGGAUCGGCUUCGGAUUCACCUGUGGUCGGACUCCACGGUUGCCUUGGGAUGGAUACGCGGUCACCCGACCCGAUGGAAAACCUUCGUUGCCAACCGCGUGGCCGAUAUCCAGACCAGGGUCCCGGACGCUCUGUGGCACCACGUGCCUGGACUCGAGAAUCCUGCCGACUGCGCCUCUCGUGGUUUGUCCCCGGAGAGCUAUGACUGCGGGACGAAUUUUGUCGGCGCCGACGCCCAGUUGCGGGCCUUCUUCACUGAGGGCAGCCAGGAGCUGCGCCGGAUCCUCGGUCGACUGGCGACGGAGCAGAUUCAGUGGAGGUUCAAUCCUCCCUCGGCACCGCACUUCGGCGGUAUUUGGGAGGCUGCGGUGAAAUCACUGAAGCACCACUUGCGGCGAGUUCUGGGUGACUCCACCUUGACCUUCGAGGAGAUGAGCACCCUCCUCGCUCAGGUGGAAGCUUGCCUAAAUUCUCGCCCGCUCCAGGCGUUGUCCGACGAUCUCGAGGACUUGUCGGCCUUGACUCCCGGUCACUUCCUGGUGGGGGGACCGCUGACGGCCUUGCCUGAGCCAUCACUGACAGAGCUGCCUGUCAACCGUCUGACUCGCUGGCAGCUCCUACAGCAGAUGCGCGAUCACUUCUGGGAGCGCUGGUCCCGCGAGUACCUGCACUCUCUCGUCCAUCGACCUAAGUGGCUAAAGGGAGUGGCCGACUACUACGUGGGACGCCUGUGCCUCAUCCGGAGCGAGACCACGCCGCCUACGCGCUGGCCGCUCGCGCGCAUCGUCCAAGUUCAUCCCGGUGAGGAUGGACUAAUUCGCGUGGUCACCGUCCGGACAGCGGCGUCGACAUUCACGCGUCCGAUCGUCAAGAUCGUCCUGCUGCCAGUUUGCGACAACGAGGAGAAUGGGAAGCCACUUGACUAA